AUGUCGCGAACCGCUGCCGAUGGUGCUGGUCGCGCAUGCACAGUCCCGGUGGUCGCGCAGAUUAAGCUUUUGGAAGAAUAUUCCGACACGGUCUUUUCCUGUCAAGGGACGCUCUUCAAAGUGCACAAAGCCGUCGUCUGCUCUCAAUCCCCCGUGAUCCAGGCCGCCAUGCGGUCUGGCUUUCAGGAGUCCGGAAAUAAUACGUUGAACAUGGACACGUUUACGCCCGCCUUAGUGAAACAUUUCAUUCAGUUUCUUUACUCUAAAGACUACGACGACGUCUAUAUUCCCGACAAAGACGAGCCCCAGGCCGACAAGAAGAUAGCGGACCAAGUCGCAGAGCCCAAUGGCGAAUCGGAGUUUUCCGAAUGGUUAGUUAGUUCGGCUAGAUCUCCCUCCCUAGGCGGAAAAAGCCAACAGCCCGAGGUCCACGAUCCGGUAUACCAGACUAUCCUGGUCCAUACCCGUAUGAACGCCAUGGCAGACUACUACGACGUCCCCGAACUCGCCACCAUCGCCAACAUGCGCAUCAGUGCCAUCUUGGCGGACGCGUCGCCCCACAAGCCGUGGAUCAUCGGCCUUCCCGCCAUUGCUGAGGUCGCGCUCGACAUCGUACACAACCACGGCCUGUCCGACAUCCUUGCGACCGCCAUUGUCGAGCAUAUCGACACCAUUCUCGCCAUGGGCACGCUCGAUACCUCACCCCUGAUGACGCCGUUUGGCUUGGAGCUGCUGAAAAAGUGCAACGCCGUUAAUCAGGUCAUAUCGAAAUCACCGUUAACCAAGUCAUAUCGAACAUCCAAGCACCCGGGGCGGAAACAAGUCUUGGACCGCUGCCAAAUAUGCAGUGGGCGAUUCAAUUGCACCAUUGAAGCGGUUAUUGGCGAACUGGUGGUGCAUUGCGACCAUUGUGGUCGAUACUAA